GCCCCCCUUACACCCCCUCUAACACCGCCUGGUCACACUGAUCAAAACAACAGGAAAUUGUUUUGAUUAAACGCGAUUUUAUAUGAUUUUAAUUGAUUUAUGGUUUAAACUAAUUGAUUGUACUAGUGAGCAGGUACUAAAAUAAGACGGGCCCCUCUCCGCCCGACCACCCCCGCUCUUCCGAACCAAAGCAGCCAAAGAAAAAACAACAAAUACGACAAAAAAUUGAUGAAAAAGAGCAAAAAAAAAAAAUGGAGUGACGGGUGACGAGGAAACACAAAACAAAAACACUCGAAACAAAGGAAGUGGAAUAAGAAAAAAAACAAAAGAUAUAGAGAAAGAGAAAGAAUAGAGCCACCAUGGAUGAGUUCGAGCUGGAGGUGGACACCAAUUUUGUCCAACUAAGCCGGCAGCAAUUGCUCCAACGGUAUUCGGGUGCAAUGAGGCAACUCCGACGCCUGGCCGAGUCCCGUUACGAGGUGCGCUCCAUCAGUUUCGAUAAUUAUGUACUGUUCCAGUAUUUCCGUCAGCGCAACCUACUGACACCGGUCGGUGUUUCGCCCACACCCACCGCCACCAUGCCGCCCGCCCCACUAACCGCCUACCUGAAACUGGAGGUACUUCAUCAUCUACUCGAUCGCCGGCGUCAGAUCCUCUGCUGGCUAUUCUAUCUAACACUCGUCUCGUUGUGCGUUGCUGCGUAUCGGUAUGAGACGACCGGAGCUGGUGGCCAUCAGGAGCGUGUCGUCCAGGCGAUGGUCUAUCCGGGUAUGAGAAUGUGGCGUCGCAUGACCAUGCCGCUAAUCCAGCGCUUCCCCCAACUAACCGAGCUCUAUGACGAGUCCUGUCUCAUGGGCAAUCCCUUCUUCCAGGUGGAGGAUCUUAGUUGUGGGCCGUGUGCCAAUGUGGAGAACGUUUGGCUGGAGAGCGAUGAGUGCGAAGGGCAUCCCGAUCCACCCACCCACAAGUGCCAUCAGCCCGUUGUCGCCGGCGAGAGUGUUCCGUUCGCCUUCCGCAGCCAGCAGGAGGCCAUCGAUCUGAGGGACUUCUAUAAUAUCUAUGCCAGCAACCACAAGAUCUUCCAGCGCGAUGCUUACCGCGUCCAUUCCACCAAUCAGGGUGUCCAUAAUCUCGAGGAUCUCUUCGGUCAGUUCAACAGCAGUAGCAGUAGUAGCUCCUCCUCCUCCUCCUCGGCUGCCGCGACAAGCGGAGGACAAGCGGAUGGCGAUGGCAGCACGCCCACAUGGACGCAGCAGGCACACAAUCUCUGGCGCUGCAAUCGGAUGGUGCCGGCCCGUCUCCUGCGUCCAAUAUUCGCCCGACCGCCGCGUCUGCCCAGCAUGGGCGUGGCCCUGGAGCGGUAUGUGGCCAUUGAUACGGCCCAAGCGCCAGCCUACACGCUGCCGGAGACCGAAUGCCCCAAUGUCUAUGUACACCAGGCGGUGGGCACCAGGUUCAUCAUUCUCCGACCCACCAGCGAGUGCCGGCACCGCUGUCGCACCCUCUCCCUCCGACUCACCCAGUCCUAUGUCCUGAGCUAUAAUUGGUUGUACUGGAAACCGAUCUCUGCACCGGAUCCCAUAUCCGAAUCGUUAUCCAUAAGCCUGAUUGGCUCCUACUGUUAAAAGGAAUCGAAUCAGUAUCCUGCUCGUAGCUAUAAGCGCCCUAAACACACCGCCACACCAUGUCCCAUGUCCUUCAUCCUUCAAAAGCCAAAAUUUAUUUACGAAUUUCGUCAAAGCUCAUUGGAACACCAAUCUAAAAAAAAAAAAGAAAAAGAAAAGGAGAAGGAAAGCUAGAAGCUAAAACCGAUUCUUUUCAACCUAUAUAUAUAUAUAUAUUCAAUUUUUUUUGUUGUUUUUUAGAACCCUAGGCCCAUGGCUCAAAUCGUCGUCCUGCGUAAUCCUCAGAUCCUAGUUCAUAAGCUAUAGUUUAGUUCGACAGUUAACAGCAAUAACUUAAAAACUUAAAACAGGAAUAGUUGCUCUCCCCCCUCCUCCGUUGUGUUCAUCGUUUUAACCAUUUUGCAUUUAAAAUUAUAAUAUAUUUAAAUAUUUUCCAGAUUUUAAGUUCUCUUCUCACAACCUCUGUAUAGUCAACGAAACGAAACAUAAAUAACUUAAAUAAUUGAGAAAAAAAAAGCAAUUUUUGUAAAUAUCCAUUUGCUAGCCCUGAGUUUGACUUUGUGUUUUUGCAACAACUCACGAUAUAUUAAAUAUAUUUAACGAGA